AUGACGUCUGGCAAGGAGCUUACUUUGACCAAUGUGCUUUAUGUCACAGAGAUACGGAAGAAUCUCAUGUCGGGAUGGAUGCUCAACAAGUUUGGAUCUCGUCUAGUGUUUGAAUCGGACAAUUUUGUUCUUUCUAGACGUGGAAUGCUUGUUGGAAAGAGCUAUACCCUUAAUGUUGGCUAUGUUAGGUCAAAGGAGAACAUUGCUGACCCGUUAACAAAAGGCUUAAGCAAAGAUAAGGUGUAUAAGUCGUCAAGAGGAAUGGGACUAAAGCCCAUAGAAGAAGAGAAUAUGAGGGAAACCUAA